AGUUGGAUCCAGAAUCAAGUGUCGUCUCAUCAGCAUUGCACUGAGGUUCCAUUUGCUCCACAUCUGCAGUUUUGUAGUGGAGGAAGAGAGAAACACAUUCCAAGAAAUGGACUUUGAAAUCUACUGGCUGAGUUGAAGUGAUUUAACACUGAUAACGUCUGAUCUGAAGAAYACCUGGCUGACUGCUCAUCAGAUUCUACAUCUUGGACAAUCUGCACCACCUGCAUCCAUGUACAGCAGUGGCUACUCUCAGGUCAACAGCCCUGAGGCCAAACGAAAGAUGCAAUACCGCUCAAAGGGCAAGAGCUGUGGCUACUACAUGCGCAUCGUCUUCUUCUUCUCUUCUCUCAUCCAGUCCCUCAUCAUUGUGAGCCUGGUGCUCUUUCUGCUCUACGGGAACAAACAGGACACCUCUGUGGGAGACCGAGUCCAGGACCUUGAGGAGAGCUUCAGCCGACUCUCCAUUGAGAACGUGGAUCUGAAGAAGCAGAGGAAGAACCUGACCAACCUGCUCAACGUCACCCUCACUAAAAAGGCUAACAUCGAGUAUGACCUGUUGACACUGCGUCGUGCCAGCAACAUAACAAUUAAUCUGUUCAAUGACACUCACAGGAAGCUGCAAAUAUGCAGCACAGAGUUAUCCACCUACAAGUUCAGAUGUAUUUCUACCGCACGAGUAGCACCACCACCACCAUUUCCUGCUGGGUGUAGCUGUGGGAUCUUGGAGACUCAGUUAAAAUAUGUGCAGUCCAACUUCACUGAGACUGUGAAAAAGAUGCACAUGAACAUGGAACAGACGGUCAAGGAAAAAGACAAAUCAGCCAUGGAUGCCAUUAUCCUCAGAAGACAAAAAUCCAUCCUGGAAAACGAGCUGGACCAGUAUAAGUACAAAUCAAAAGAAGAAUUCUCCCAGUUGUUGCGCUCCGUCUCUACAGUUUCUAAGGCCUUACUGGAAAAAAUCGACUCUCUCUUUCCUCGACACAUUGCUUUUCAGCUCACAUGUGCCAAACAGAGGGAGCACCUGGAGCAAAUCCACACCAACUGCACCAGCUUGUCCCGGGAGGUGGAGGACAAGCUUCAGCGCUACCUGAACAAUGUGGGAGAACAACUGUCCGACAUGGAGCAGCAGAACAACCACUUGAAGGCCGAGAACGGGCGUCUAGCUGAGGACUACAAGGACUGCAGCAAAAAUCGCACAGCCAUUAUUGAGCAGAACGAGCAGAGUAGCAAGGAGCUGCAGAGGAAACAUGACGAGGAGAAGGAGAAGCUCCUGAUGGACAAGAUCAAGCUGCACGGAGAAAUCGAUGUUCUGAGGAGCAAGGACAAAUACACAACAUCUGAGGUGGCUCAUCUUAACGACAAGUUGAAGCAGCUCAACAUAUCCUGCAUGAUGAAGACAGGACUUAGUGGAGGCCUGUUCCCUCGACCAGGCACACCCAGUCAGUCUGAGUGGGGCGGAUUAGGUGGCGGUUCCAGCUCUGCAUCAUCUGGCUCUACCUCUUUCAGUCUAGGUAGUACAGGGUCAGGCUCAAGUUUUAACUCUGGAUUUAAUAAGCCAGGAGGAACUGGAGCAGGCUCAUCAAGAUCAACCUUCCCACAAUCUGGGUCAAGCUCAAGUUUCAGCAACACAGGGUCAAGGUCAAGUUUGAGCAACACUGGGUCAGGGUCAAGUUUGAGCAACACUGGGUCAGGGUCAAGUUUGAGCAACACUGGGUCAGGGUCCAGUUUUAGCUCCGAUGGGAAAGCUUUAAAUAAGCCAGCAGAGAGUGGGAGGAGUCCAACAGACAGUAGGUCAUCAUCUGGGUCAACAGGGUCAAGUAAAAGUGGGUCCACCAGUUCUGGGUUUAAUUGGCUAUGGGAUACCAGCAGUCGCUUAGAUCAAAGUAAGACGGACAAUGCACUGGGUAAAACAUCUAGUGGGACUAGUUAUGGUGGAACUGGAUCUUCUACUGGAGGGAAGGCGAAUGGACUGGCAAGUGACUCAGGCGGCGUGGCGCAGCACAUUCAGAUGCUGCAACGGCUGAUCAACCCCUCUGCUCCUCAGGACAAACAGGACAUUUCUAGAAUGCUGGGUUGAUUCAAAUGUGUGGCAAUUAAAAGAAAACAACUGCAAGAAGUAAAAAUGCAAAAGAAAUGUAUACUUCAUCUACAAAAUACAAGUCAUAUAUGUCAUUUAUUACAGUGGACACAACUCAGGCCACUCAUUCUGAAUAUUCAUCUAUAAAUAAGACUGUCCAGAUCAAAUAAAUGUUUAUAAUAUGCUGUUGUUUGGACAUUUUAUCCUUCAUUAUGCAUGGAAAGUAAUUUGAAUAGUCUGCACUUUUGAGUCUAAAAUGUGAAGUUUAUCAUUUACACAUCACACAGUAUCAAUAUACAAAUAUGACAUGCAGUAUUUUUACUCUGUAAAAAGAUAAAAAUAAAAGCAUUGUUUCAACAUAAUCGGA